AUGGUUCGUGGUGUACCAAACUAUUCCCAGGAAGAGGACAAGGCCCUCUGUGCUGCCUUUGUCAACUGCUCUGAAAAUCCAAUCAAAGGUUCUGAUCAGAGAAGAGAAGAUUUCUGGAAGGACAUCGAGAACAAGUUCAAGAUGAAAAUGGAAGAAGAUCCCGCUCCUGCACUACCUUAUUGGUCCCAUAAUUCCUUGAUGAAGCGUUUUCAAAGGAUUAAGGGUGCUAUUGAUGAGUGGAUUGGAUAUGAACUCCAAUGUGAAAGGAACAAGCCAUCUGGAUUGAGCCAAGAAGAUUUGGAUAAACGAAUUGCCGAGAUGUGGAGAAUCAAGCAUAAAAAUGAAGAGUUCAAGUUUUGUCACUGUGUUCCUGAGCUGAAGAUACAUUGCAGGUUCAAUGUGAGCCAUCAGAGCAGUGAAAGUGACGGCACCCCUUCGCCAGGCAGCAAACAUUCUGCUUUUGCGGUUGUUUGCACAAACAGUAAACGUCCGAUUGGAUCCAAAGCUGCAAAGAGGAUGGACGAACAAACAAGAUCAAGAGAUCGUGAUAAUGCAAAAAGGAUGAAGACAUUUGAAGAGAUAUUGAAGAAACAAGACAGGCUUACUUCAGCAAUGGAGUACAAUGAGUUGGAUUUCGGUUCUGGCGGACAUCAGACAAGCGACAGGCUUGUCGUCGUCCAAACCGAUUGA